AUGUCAGGAGAAGGUCACAGGAAAUUCCUCUGCGAAGUGGAAGUUUAUAUUAACGACAUAACAUAUCUGGAUUGUUGUCACGUGCUUGGGCCCCAGCUAGACAGUUCACCCCCGGGAGAGCUGCUGUACGGGUCCCCAUCAAACUUUCCGGAACGACCAUUGGGCGCUGCCGUGAACAUCAGUGUCCAUGUAAAAGCUGGGGAUCUACCUUCUCAAGAAGCGUACACAGUAGCUCGUGUGGCCACGAACGCCAGCUUAUCAGAACUCAAACUGGAAUGUGAAGAAAAUUGCAACCCCGGUAACACGUUACAACACAAGCCACUUCAGCUCUACACAGCUUCUGAAAUCCUGGGUACGACGGAGUUCACUUUAGAGGAACAUCCUGUCGGCUUCCUGCUCCAAAACUGGCAUCAGUCGAAAAAUGCUUCAAACAUACGACUGAGGAUUCCUGGUGGUGUCUUCCAGGCGGAAGGAUUUUACACUGUCCGGUUCAGUGAUGUGUCCGAUGACCAGACAAGGAUCUCAGAGUGGCGGUUUCGUGUUUCCGCCAACCCGACAGUCCCGUCAGCAGAGAACGGCGACUUCUCAGAUGUCUGUGUCCUUCUCCCAGCGGGUGGCAUAUCUUUGAUUGACAAAUUUUGCGUCGAAUGUCAAGAGUUUGUAGAUCCACUGGGUCCUCUUGUAACAGAGUUCAGUUUGCGUCAAGUGACGGACACAGGUGACCUGGCUACGGUAAAGUUCCCGGGAGACACACCUCCUACCGACACUGAAUUCAUCCGACCGCCGCUUCGUUAUUGGGUACCUUAUACAUUUUUGUUUCACGUGUUUCCUGGCAUUUUGAAUGUUCAUGUCCGCGUUUCGUCAGUGGACGGUAGAUUCAUCGAGUUUGACAUGUCACCAGUUCAGUUCCUAGAGGCUAACUUCAACCCAUUUGAGUACUCCAACAACUCUCAUGCUAUUCGCGCUGACGUUAUCGGCCUGAGUUUAAAAUGCGGAAACGUUACUAUUCCUGUUUCCGGUUUGAGUCAUCCGAUCGACAUCUUAACCCGAAGAAAGAACGAGAGUUUAGAAAAAUCACUGUACGUGUUUCAGGCCUCUUCUCUACUCGGGAACCUCACGGUUUUUGAGUUCUACGCGAAGACACCACAGUCAGCUUUGAGCUUUAGUCUUGAGUUCAACGACACGCUCUUUCCACAAGACAUUUCAUUGUUUCUUCGCACUGAUGAACCGCCAACACCUGAUGUCUACAACUGGGCAGCUGUUCUGCCUGUAGCGACUGAUCAGAUGGUCUCUAUUCCAUGGGAAGGGCUUCUGUCCAACACCACACAUAUCCACUGCCGGUGUAACCACCUGACUAAGUUUUCUGCUUUUGUUGCGCCAAACCCUCUCAAUAUCCAAGAAGUGAUGUCAGACUUCAAAUUGUUACUGGAAAACCCUAUAGGACUCAUUGUUGUCUUAACAAUAUUCGUCUUGUACCUUCCUGGUAUGGUUUGGUCAAGAAGAACAGAUAAAAAAGAUGUGCAAAAGGCUGGAAUCGGAAUCUUACCUGGUCACGUGCUGAACACCAGGAAGGAUUGCCAAUAUAUCAUCACUGUUUACACCGGAUAUGGAACUAACGCCGGGACAACAGCAGAGGUGAAGAUAGCUCUUAAUAGCCUAUAUGGAGAAGCCACUCCGUUCACUCUCCGUGACCAAACACGGUUUCUGUUUGAGAAAGGCGGCGUGGAUUCCUUUCUUGUGUCUACAGAACAGCCAAUUGGAGGUCUGACCCACGUGCGUGUGUGGCAUGACAGUGGAGGGCACAGUCCGGGGUGGUUCUUAAGGCAGAUUGUCGUGACGAACAGAGGGACUGGUGAGACUAGCUAUUUUCUGUGUAACAGGUGGCUGGCAGCUGACGAGGACGAUGGCAAAGUUCACCGCGUCCUCCCAAAAGCUACACCAGACGAGAUGACCGACUUCCGUAACCUGUUCCUGGCUAAAAGCGCGAGGGACAUGAACGAUGACCAUGUGUGGUUCUCGGUGCUUGGUCGCCCUGCGCGAAGCCCUUUCACCCGAGCCCAGCGCCUGUCCUGCUGCCUGACCCUCCUGUACAGCACCAUGUUUACCAACAUCAUGUUCUUCGGCCGCGGUGACGACUUUGACCCACCGGCCCCAAUCCGAUUCGCAGGACUGGUAAUCAAGCCACCUGUUUCCUUGGCACAGGUAAUGAUAAGUAUCCAGACCGCAGCCAUCAUCUUGCCUGUCAAUCUUCUCAUCGUCUUCCUGUUUCGACAUUCCAACUCGACAACCAAGGCCGACAACAAAGAUAAGUACAAGACAAGUACAACAGCCAAGACGGCAAAGCGGGUAGACAACACGGCAUCCUUUACAUCGACCAGUGACGACCCAGAUGUACCAACAGUUUGGUCGUAUGCGUUAAAAGCGCCGAUCGCUAGGUACCCUGAGUUUUCUAGCAGCUCCACAGAACAUUCAGAGUCACCGACAGGCAAAGUCGAGUCCUGUCUUCCAGCAGCAAAGACCAACUCAUCGGCAAACAAGACCAAGUUUUCUUUUCCAUGGUGGACAGUCUACAUAGCACUGACUUCAUCGGCACGACUAUUUGCCGAUGACACGGCUGCGUAUAACACCAUCACUUCCAUCCAAGACCAGGCCCUGUUACAACAAGACCUGGAGAGACUUGCUGAGUGGGAGCGGAAGUGGGAUAUGUCGUUCCAUCCAGGGAAGUGUCAGACUCUGCGGGUGACCCGUAGUAGGAGACCCCUUCAGUACGACUACCAGCUCCAUGGUCACACCCUCAAGACGGUUCCCAGUGUUAAAUACUUGGCGUGGGUUCUCCUCUGGGCAGCUGGUUUCACAGCGGCGUACUUCACCGUCCUCUACACGUUAAGUUUUGGACGUGCAAAGGCAGAAGCUUGGAUCGUGACUUUUCUGACGACGUUUGUCAUCGACUUAUUUCUCACGCAACCUUUCAAGCUGUUGGCCGUGGCCGUGAUGUUUGGUUUACUUGCAAAGAACCCAGCUCCUGACCAUGAGCCACCGUCCAUGGAGGCCCGUCUGACUGAACAGAGAGAAAAGAGAAGACGGCGUAAGGUUGUUGUCGAGGUUCUAGUCUUCUGGCUGUUCUUCACGGUCCUCAUGAUGACGUCCUACAUGGAAAGGAGCCCGUUGGCUUACCACAUGACUCAACACGAACAAAACGUUAUUCUUGAAGGCGGUGAUGUCACAGAGGUACAGCCAUACUCUGAUGAAGUAUCGGACAAGCGGAAUUUCUCACAAGGCUGGAUUUUCAAUGAUUCUACUCGUGGAGAAAAUGAGGAAUGUAACAAGAACCUCGUACCACCCAAUGUCACCGGAUCUUUCGAGUAUAAUGACUGUGCUACAGAACAGGUCCACUUGCAAGAUAUGUGGAAGUAUACAUCUACUGUGUCGUUUGCAAGUGGUAUUCCGUAUGUUGGUGAACAUGGCACGUACCGUGGCGGUGGUUACAUCGCCUCUUUAGGAACCACAGAGAGGUCACGUUUCAACAUAACCACCUAUUUACGACAACACAACUGGUUGGACGACCAGACACGGGCAGUGUUUGUCGAACUCGUACUGUACAACCCGCACGUCAACCUGUUUACUGUCUUAUCAUUGGCUGUGGAGUUCACCAAUCUUGGAGCAGCUUAUACAAGUUAUGAUGUCAUCACCGUGCGUCUGAUCCAACACGAUGCCGUCUUGCUUUUAUUGCUGCGAGUCUGCCUGGUGCUUUUUCUACUGUAUUUUGCGUUUACAGAAGGAAAAAAGCUCUUUUUCCGACCAUUGGAAUACGUUAAUGAUGCCUGGAACUGGUUGGAACUGGUUACCAUUGCCGUCGGCUUCUGCACCCUGUGUAUGUACUUCUACUCACAAGACAUCAUUGAUGACCUAUCAGAGCACAGAGCAGCCGGCAAUGAUGCCUUUAUUAUGUACAAAGACGCUGUCGACUGGUUCCAGGUCUACAGUUUUCUCCUGGGCCUGUUCCUCUGCUGUGCCACGUUGAAAUUCCUCCGCAUACUGCGCUUCAACUCCCACGUGUACGCCUUAUCCAUGACAAUGAAGAGAUCGUUCAAACAUGUGGCACGCUUUAUGAUUACAGUGGGCAUAAUAGUUACAGCUUUCACCAUGAUGGCCAAUUUGGUCUUUGGUACCAAGCUGAAAUUUUUUAUAAGUAUGUCCUCAAGUUUACAGAAUCUUCUUCUUAUGAUGUUGGGCAGCUUUAACUUUGAGGCUCUGCUGAAUGGAAAUAGAAUACUGGGUCCGUUAUUCUUUUUCUGGUAUCAAGUCAUGAUGCAGUUUUUCUUACUAAGCAUGUUUAUGGCCAUCAUUAUGGACAUAUACGCACAGCACAAGCAGGAGGCAAAUCCAGAAGAUGUCGGGUUUGUUUCGUUUUUGAAACAAACAACAUCAAGUGCAGGAAGCAAAGUAAAGACCGCCACGUCAAAAAUUAGACGGCGGAAGUUACAGGCUCAAAAAGACACUCCGUCAGAUAUACUUGAUGCAGUAGGACACGUACUGGAGAGGCUUGACAAACAUAGUGCUAGUUACGACAGCACCUUAUAG